AAAUGGCGGACAGUAGUCAGGUAUUUUUGGGACUUCCAGACCAAAGAAUUGAAGAAAAUGACGAUAAACUGUGUAAUUGGAGUACAAAUAAGUUUGGUGGACGUCCUAGCUGGAUGACUAGCUUGGUUGAUCAAUACCCUUCGUGUAAGCUGUGUAAAAGACAACUUCUUCUUGUUUCACAAAUCUACUGUCCUCUUAGUGGUUCUCUAUACCACAGGACGCUGUAUAUCUUUGGUUGUGUUAACCCAUCUUGUUGGAAUCAACCACAAAGUUGGACAAUCCUAAGAUCCCAAGUAUUAGAGAAAAACGAUUAUCCAGAGGCUGACAAGAAUGCUGUGAAGAGUAAUUCUGUAGAUGAUUGGGGUGAUGAUACAGGAGACUGGGGAGAUGCAGAUGAUUGGAAUGAUCCUGUCAUUACAGAACUUGAAUAUGCUGCAAGCAAGCUAUCCCUUAAUCCUAUGGAUACAGUAAAAGACACAAACCAAUUACCAGUGAAAACCGAUAGUAGCACUAAGCCCUUAAUAUCAAACAAUAUGAAUCAAGAUGCGCCCCGCUUCCAUCCAUUCUACAUCAAUGUGUUUGAAACCAACAAUAGCAACAAAAAAACUGGUGAAACUAGCUUGACCAGUCAUGAAAAACAACUUCUGUUGUGUUACCAAGAACAAGAGGGUGUGAGCAUAAAUGAAGUAUUAUCUCUUCCGAACCAUUCAAAUGCCAAGCAAGAUGAAAUUGUAACAGAGUGUUAUGAGAAGACCAUUGUAGCUCAUGGAGACAAGGGGUUUCAUAGAUUCCAGAAGCAUUUACAACAGUGCCCACAGCAGUGCAUAAGAUAUGAGUGGAAUGGCAUGCCGUUAUCGAUCUCAUCCUCUACAGCAUCAGAUAUCAUGUCAGCAGUACCUAGAUGUCAGUAUUGUGGCUCACAAAGGGUUUAUGAAUUACAACUUAUGCCAGCCUUGGUAGUCUUGCUAAAAAUCAAAGAAUCUUCACUACAUUCAGCUUUACCUGAGACAUCAGAUAAACCUAGAACAAACCCUCAAUAUAAACAAAUAUCUGAUGAUAAACUCAUAAAUGGAAGAAAGGAUUCAAAUAGAGAACUUGACACUCCCUCAGAAGAUAUUUCAAGUAAAAAUCAAGGGAUUGAAUUCGGAACUGUUAUCGUCUUUUCUUGUGGUAAAAGUUGCUGGGAUGAUAGCCUUGAAUCGUGUUCGCUGAGAGAAGAAUUUCUAGUGGUACAACCGGAUCCAGAUGCGGAACUUUUCAAAAAUAAAAUUUGAGGACGUUACGUACGUGAUACGUGGUAGAGAACUUGCUGUUUAAAAAUUAAGACAACAUUAGAAUUCCAUGGAGACAGUUUUAUUUCAUUUUAUCUAAAUGCAAAUUUUUGGAACGAAAAAAGUAGUAAACUACAAAAUUUCACGUCCAAUUGUUUUAUUUUUUAUAAAAUUCUCGAUGCGUUCUUGAUCCCUUUUAUUUGACUUUCAAGUUUUAACUCAAUAUUACAGACUAUUAUUAGGAACUAAAACACAACUAGCGAAUCACAAAUUGCUUUGUUUUAAGGUUUAACCCAAAGGUGAUGCAAGCAAUUUAACUAUUUCUUAAAGAAACUGAUAGCUUUGAGCUUUGUGUUGUUGAUGGGCUGAACAACUUCAUAGAUACAACCCAGGUCUUGUUUCCAGUGAAUAAACUUAUAGUUGAUCUCGAUGUAGAUGCAAGCACCAGUGUGACCUUCUUUGAAGGAUAUAUCCGAUAGUCCGAGACAAAUGUUAGCAUUCUUGCCUCCGAUUGGAAAGUCGCGACAGUACUUUACAGGCUUGUCAACUAAAAAAUGAUAAUAAGAAAAUGCAAUGAUAAAUGUAAAAGAUUUUCUUUCCCGUGAUGCCAGGGGAUUUUUUUUCCUUGAGUCUUCUCCCGAGAUCAUCCCCUUGCAAAAUUCAACUUCUAAAUUCCAAUUUGAUCCUAUUAUUAAUUAGCAAAAUAGGUUCAGACCAAGCAAGGAGUUUUUUUUAUACCUGAAAUAGUCUUUUUGAACACCACUAUGCCAUCCACUGUUACCGUGAAAUCCAACGUCUAUGUUAAAAAAAGAAGUAUAGCUUCAUUAAAAUUAACGAAAAGUGAACUAAACUAG